AUGGCAUGGACUUAUGCCGACGUCCUAAAAUUCGGGCCUUUCAAGCCACACCGGAAAACCUUCUUCGACCUUUCCCUCGAGAUACGCCAACAGAUAUACGAACUGUUGACCCCUCACAACCACGAGUUCAAAGCAAGCAAUACCUACCCCUACGCCCCUGAAGACCGCUAUGCCCGGAUCUUAACGCUCCGUCGUACCACCAAGCAUUUGCGACAGGAGAUGGACGACUGGCUCAGCAAGACAUGCGGUGCUUACUUCUACCUCCACGAUGAGAUUAACCUAGACCCGGACGAAGUGCUGUAUGCGCCGCCGUUGGCGCUACCGUAUGGCAGGCUUCGCUAUGUUGAGAUUUACAUUGACUGCUACAAUCAUUACGGUAGCAGCAGGAAUUAUGAUGAGUGUAGCCACAUGUGGUACGAAGGAGAUCCGAGUGAAGGUUUCACUGAGGGGCGAGUGUACGAGCAGAGGAAGCAGUUGCAGGAUGUGGUUACUGCUCUGAAACGGUUUGAGGAUUUGCCGAUCUUAUACGUCCGAUUCCGAGAUGAGGACAAUGCGAAUCACCGAGAGAUGCAUCGAUCGAGAAGAUAUAACCAGCUGGGGUUGACGUGGUGUGAAGCGCAGCACUGUCUCGCUGCUAAGUCCUUCGCCAACUGCCACGAUGCUGAAAGCUAUGUACCGAAGUACAUAUUGGAUCCCUUGCUGGAGCUGCCUGUCUGUGCGAAGGUCAUCGUUCAGCCGCUACACCUUACUGACCACGAGGGGCGAUCGAUGAGAUCGCGGGAUAUCCCACAGGCUGAUCAAGCGGACUCGGGGUGUCGAGCUCAGGAAUAUGUCAAUACGCCUUGCACGGCCUAUGAGCGUUGGAUUGAGGGGGAGAGGAGCGAGGCUUUCGAGAGUUGCUGGAGGGAUUUUGGCAGUGAUUGGCAGCGCGGUGAGCAAGAUCGCUUGGAAAAGCUUGAGACGCUGAAGCAGGCCAUGCCAUCGGCUCGUAGACUGCGAUGA